AUGACCCGCCACCUGAUCUGGUGGACGGGAGAAUAUCCCGGACACUGGAGUCUGUUCCUUGGUGUUGCAGGCGCACCCAACACUCUUUACUCCUUGGUAGAAAUGGAUGUCUUUUAUGAUCUUCAUCGAUUUAUGCUUGCAAAGAUUGCCUCAGAUUACGUCGAGUAUUUUGACAAGGAUAAAGUCAAGGAAGAUCUCGCAUCUGUUCGUGAGUACUUUAAGCCGCACCUAUCAGACCCUGAAGCUCCUGUCCGCAUGGUAACAUUGCUUGACAUUGCCGUUCGCCCAAGUUGCCUAGGCUCGGAAACGGCCCAGAUCCUCCUGGAACACGGCGCUGAUCCAAACGAGGCAUCUGGGUACGAGCCAAGAUCAGUAUGGGAAUACGUCUUGAAGCGGGCUAUGGCUUCAUCUAAACAAGGUUUUGGCGAAGAGAAGUGGUUGCAGAUCAUGAAGCUCUUCUUGCAAUACCAUGUGGAACUGAGGGGAUAUAGCAACGAGAUGGAUGAACAUCCGAAGACGCAUGUUGGCCGUCGUUGA